CCUUCGUCAAAGUGAUUGACGGAGAGGGAAUCAAGUAAUUAGCAAUCACCAUCAAUCGGCAUGGAUCAAGGACCAAUCAGUAGUUAAUGUCAUCAUUGUAAUUGAUAUUUCCGUUGUAAUUCUCUCUCUAUAUAAAGGGGCUAUGAAAUGAAAUGAGUAGACCAAUUCCAAUUGUCAUUUUACUUUUACAUGUUAUCAGCACGCUCAGAGUCAAUAGCCAAGAAAAAUUAUAGCUUCGAAAAAAAAAAUCCAAACCCUAGCAGAAUUUUUUUUCUUUCGGCCGCCACCAUAAAAAUAAAAAAAAUUAAAAAAUAAAAAAAUUCCCCGGCAGACCAUCUCACCGCGUGGCCUCCAGCCCACUGCCCCGCGCUGCCCACCAGCCUACUGCCCACUACCCCGCGCUACUGCAGCAGCUCCACAGAAACAGCAGCGCACGCCCAGCAGCAGCAGUACCACACUACCACAACCACCUUCGAUCCAGCCCAGCCCGCGCGUCUGCGUAGACCCCCCCUGCGCGCAGCACUCCCCGCCCUACCCAGCCCCGGCACCCCUGCCCUGCCUGCUGCUGCAGAUCCCAGACCCGGCUGCAUCACCUCGAUCCCGCAUCGAUCCCGCGCCUACAUCACCUGCCCGCCUGACAGCAAGCCUCGCGUGCAAGGCCUCUAGCCCACCAGCGUGACGCAGCAGACCUGCCGGAAAUUUUCCUUUGUACCCAACCCAUCUCCACACCAGAAAGAAAGGAAAGAAGACGCGAAGAAGAAUAAGAGGAGGAAGAAAAGGAGAAAAAGAAAAAACCAGAGGUGACCCGGCCAAAGAAAAGGACCGAAAAAAAAAAAAAAAGCAGGCCCAGAAAAGAAAAAGGGCGGGCCCAUAAAAUAAAAAGGUUCAGAAAAAAAAAAGAAAAGAAAAAAAGCCUUGUAGCCCAUUGCUGGAAAAAAAAAGAGGAAGCGGCCCAGUUUUUCUCAAGUCAAAAAACAUCGUUACACACGCCUGCAUCAACACGCGCGUGCGCUAGGAUUGUUUUAUUUUCUCGAAAUCAAAUGGCUGAUCCAACUCGACCUGAAUUUGACAUCUUGGACUCAGAAGGACUUGAGUACCAUCGUUGGGUUUCCGAUGUGGAAACUGCUUUUGUGGCAAAAGACUACACUGCCACCAUUACCGACCCCAAAGAUGAUGAACUAUCUAAUAAGGUGAAAGCAAAUGCCUUAAUGUUUCUGAGGCGACAUAUUGACCCUAGCCUACGCUGGGAGUACCUUCAGUUGAAGACACCCAAAGAACUGUGGGAUGCCCUUAAGGGAAGUUUUGGGAACAUUCAUGACACCUUGCUCCCAGAACUAACCGUUCAGUGGAAUGAAAUCCGCUUGCUUGACUAUAAAAGGGUCAAUGACUUCAACAAGGAUAUGUUGCGCCUAAAGGCACGUCUAAAUUUCUGUGGAAAGGAACUCACAGAAGAUGAUAUGAUCCAGAAGACUCUUUCUACUUUUCCUACUUCAGCAAUUAUACUAGCGAACCAGUAUAGGCUGGAGUAUGACAACAAAAGAAUCACAACAUUCAAUAAGCUGAUCAACCUACUGCAAGUGGCUGAGAGGCAUCAUGAGGUUCUUUUGAACAAUAAUGCAGGCCUGUUGGGACAAAGAAAAUUCCCGAGGCUAAUUAUGGCAAAGUGAAAGGUGGAAAGAACCCCAAUGCAAAGGGGGUUGGACGUGCUGAUCCCUACCCACGUGGCAACAAUGCACCACCUGGCAAGGGACGUGUGGGUCGUGAUAUGGGUCGUGGAGGCCCUCCCAAUGUAUGGCGCAGAGAUGGUGGUGCUAGCCCUAGUGGUCAUGGAAACCAGGUGCAAAGGGUACCUAAGAACCCUUCAGUCAAACAGGAUAGAGUUGGCAAUGAACCAUGCUAUAGGUGUGGAGUCAUUGGACAUUGGUACAAGAACUGCCAAGCAAGCAACAGAGUAGCAACCAAUUACAAGAGGUAUAGGGAGUCUAAAUAACAAGAGGCUCACUAUAUGGAAGAAGGAGGCCAUGACCCAGACGUCAACCUCACAAUUGCAGACUUUAAUGGCAACAAGGAACUUGCUCAGUCAACUGAUGCCCCAGAUUUUGACUGAUCUGCUUUAUUUAUUUUAUUUUCCAAAAACAGUUGUGAAGGCAUAAUGCCUCAUUUUUAAUUAGACUAUUACUUGGUCUUAAAGUUUAUUUCAAUAAUGGUUUGAUGAAUUAGAUUUCUGAACAAAGACCUUGAUUUGAU